UUUAUUAGUUGAACUAUCAAUGGAAUCUUGGAAAAUGACUCAUUAACAGAAGGAAACAGAAAAUAUGAUGACUAUGAUCACAGCUGUUAGUCAAAUGGAGGACAUUUUUAUCGUCCCCCCUCCACCUGGCAGUAUGACAGUUUUGCUGACUGAAGACUACCUCGCUUCUUUUAUUACUCCUCCACCCCCUGCUGAAUUCCUCUCAGAAAAGAAGAGCUGCAACUCCACCUUCCAAUCAGAUGUGGACAGUGACUACCACUCGGUGGGAGGCGACUCACCAGUAACUCCGGACCUAAUCAAGAAGUACAACAACCAGUACAACCGUACCAGCCCUCUCGGAUCCUCUCCCACUACCCACGAAGAGAGUUAUAUACGGACCACCCUGCCAUCUGAAGAAAUAACAGCCCGCUCCCGAACAGGAAGUGCCCCCUCCAUCCACCGCCCUGUGGAGACCACCUCCAUCCACCGCCCUGUGGAGACCACCUCCAAAUCAGAUGAGUUGUCCGAGGGACUGAUAGAUAAGAUAUCAGCACGACAUGAUCUGAGACAGAACAAGAUGUACUCCUCGCUGACCCGGCCCAGUACUGCACGUGCCAGGCAGAUGAGGGAUAGAAGAGGGAGUUAUGAUGACUUUUCUAAGAUGGAUGUGGGGCCGGGGUCUCCCCGGGAUUCAGCUAGUGUGUUGGGGAAUUUGGAGAUGGAGAAUAGCUUUGGGAGAGGAGGAGAUAGAGGAGAGAGGAGGCAAUACAGACAAGCUGUAAACCCGGAAGUGCACGGUGCUAUCGACCAUUUCAUCAGAUCCGAGCAGAGGUACAUAUCAGAUAUAAACAGUUUGUUGAACCUGCACAUAGAGCCGUUACAGUAUCAGGGCUGUCUCAAUAUUGAUGUGGUUAACAGUUUGAAGUCGUCGCUGUUGAGAUUACUUCACUUUCACCAGCGCAGCUGUGGCGACUUUGAGAUGUUCUUCACUAAAACCAUAUCAGAGGCACAAGACGGGAAAGCGCCAGAUUACUUCACAUUGAUAAACUACAUGUGUGACACGUUAAUGGAGAGUAGAGGCGGCUUUAAAACUUACAUUAACUUCUGCUGCACCAGAGCGUCCCUUCUUAGAAACAUUGGUCAGAUGAACGAAGAUGACGCAGUGAGAUGGGAGAAGUAUUUAGAGCAAUGUAACCCGAGCGGAGACCCGGCCCACUCCCUGGAUGCAGGGCUUAUGAUGCCGAUACAGCGAAUAGCUGACUACCCUGCUAUGUGCAGAGAGAUUCAGAUCAGGGGUCAUGUGAGGACUGGUGUGCUUUAUGAGAAAAUAGGAAGAUCGAGCGCAAUGUUAGAAGGAGUAGCAAAAGCUGUUGAUGAGAAACUGAGUAUGCAGAAAGAGUUCAGCUGUCUUUAUAGAAACAACAGAAAACUUGAAGUCUUGAUCGGUCCAAUAGAAGAGCUGCUACACUACGGUUCAGUGGUGGAGGUAAAGACACGUGACAUAGAGAACUUUGUACCGGAGUCUGACACUGGACUACUCCUACUGGUGUACAAGAAAGGGGCUGCUCUCGUUCAGCGGAUAAAGAUUAAGAAAAAACAUUCUUUUAAUAAGUUGUUAGCAGAGAAAACAGCCCAAGCACCAAAAGAGGAGUACCAGCUAAAGAAGUUCUACCCGGUAUCCUGUCUCCAACUGAGAGACCUACCUCACAAUCAUGUGUUUGAAAUUACAGAUACUGUCGCCCAACAGAGGGUCGUUCUCGCUUCUAGAUUGAUAGAAGCAAAAGCGGAGCUAAUAAAGAAUGUAGCAGAUAUUAUCAUGGAUUACGACAAAUUCCUUUCCUCGUCCCUCCAAAUGAAGGACUCUGUUUAAACGUCCUGAUUGACUCAAAACCCUCCUCUGGGAUAUUAUUUGGUUAUUUACUCGUCAGAUCUGAGAAGUUCUUUGCUGAGAAAGAAGAAAUAUGGAAGAAGAUACAUUAUACAUAACAAGGGCAUAUGUCCAGCUACUUCAAGCGAACUCAAAAGAAUGUUUGUAAAUGGUGCUGAGUGUUACGUAUUGAAUUAUAUUGUGAUUUGCAGUAUAUUACGGGUUACUUUUCUUCUACCCCAUUUACUUAACAGA